GCUAACACACAAGGUGCUGUACAAAGAUUAAAAGUGCACACAUUGAAAAAAGAUGGGUAUGUAUGUAUUGGUCUAAGUUGAGGUAAGAACAUAGUAAAAUAUUGAAAAACUGUGGUGUUUCUUUUAAGCUAUUUUUUAAGACAAUAUGUGUAUAAUCCAGAAUACACGUGUUAAGAUAAACUGUAACAGUGUAUACCCCAAAACAAAUAUGCAAUCUUAAUUUGAUCAUUACAUGCUUCUUCAAUACUGUCAUACUAAUUUAGCAUGUGGCAAUAGGGAACUGUUACAUGACAAAAGUGACCUCAUUGGACCGCCAGAUUACUUGUCUAUCCCCUAAUGAGAUUAUAUAGCACUAUUAGCAGUGGAAAGCGGUGAACUAGAAAUCCCUGUAAAUAUCAUGGUAAGCAAACAUUUGUAUUUGUUUUCCAAAUUUUGAUUUAUGUGUUUGAGUCUUUAAUGCAGACUCAGUUUGUUGCCUUGAUUUUGUUUUUAAAGGUGAGUUUAAACUGGGGCAAUGUCUACUCAGUGAAUAAGCGUUGUGGUUGGAUUCUGUCAGUUAAUAUUUAGAAUAUAAAAUGUUGUCUUAUAUUUUUAUUUGAUAACUGUUUUACAGAUUUAUGUGACUAUUUCAGCCCAUUUUAAAAACAAUUUUGAUUAUUUUGUGAAGAAAAAAUAUUUUUACAGAGAUUUGCAGGGUUUAUUUUAUCUUUUGAACUGUAUUUUGUUUAAAUGUAUGGUCAGGCUUGUGUGAAUCAACACACACACAACAACAGAACAGAAAACUGUGAUAGUGACUCAGAUGAAGGGUGUAGACAAUAUAACCAAAUGGCUUUGGAGAAAUUGUCUAUUAUGGAGAGACUGGGCCCAAACAGGGUUGACAUGACGGAGGAAGAAUUAGAGGCAGCUUUCUCUGAGCUGUCUAUGGCCUUUCGCUGUGAUCAGUACACCCUGUGCCAACGACUGGAAGCAGAGGAACAUGCACGAAACAAGGCAGAAAGCAACAUUAAACUUGAAGUGGAAAGAGGCAUGGAAAUGCUUCAGACUCUCAGGGGAAUGUGUGUAGACACCAAGCGGGUGAGUCUUCUUCAACAGAUUGAGCUUUGUUUCAGCAUUAUUGGAAACACAAUUGGACGAAUUUCUAACACAGCGGAGGUUUUGGGCGCUGUGCAUCAGGAGGUUAAAUCGAGCCGUGCGGUUGAACUGAUGGUGGCUCAUGUGCAGAACAUGAAACGUCGUCACGAGAGGAACAGCGCUGAGCUGGAGGAGAUGAAAAAACAGAUGGAAAGCAGCAGAGAGCGACAGGCCUGUGAACAGAGGGAGGAAACUGAAGCAAUGGAAAAGGACUCACAUAAGGUACUCAUCAAAUACAUUGCCUGUCUUCGGUCUCACUCGCAGUAUCAAUUACGACGCAGAAUCAGUGUAUCUAUCAUCUCAAAGCAAAGCCAGAGACACAAAUCUUUGGAAUCGCAAGCCUCAAUUUUAAUGACCAAUGAGGAAGGUGAAGAAAAAGAAUCAAUCACAAACAAACAAGACCAAGCAAAUGCAAGUCUUCUAGAGGACAGAAGGCAAGGGCUAUAUCCAAAGGAAAGUCCCUCGCAAACUGCCGACGCUGAUACUCCAGAGAUGUCAUCAUCUGCUUCAGCUCAAACUCCUCCAACACAAAGGAAUGAGAUGGACACGGCUCACUUCAAAAAUAGGCAGAGGAGGAAGUCGGUCUUGGAGUGUAGCUCUGAUUGGCUGAAGAGAUCUGUGCACUACCUUAGAAACUGUGAUAGAUGUGUUAUGAGCUUACAGCGCCCCCUGCUGCAGUGGCUGUAUCGUUGUCGCUGGAUAAUCGUUGUCGUCUAUUUAACUGUCCUUUGCUCAUUAAUCUUAAUACUAGCAAUUUUUGUUGGGUUUCUGCAAACGCCUGUCUUAUGGAUGUAAAUGAAAAAAGAGAAAAUGUAUUUUAUAAAAU